AUGUGGAACCUCAAAGCCUGGGAUGAUAUGAAUGUGAAAUCCUUGUUUCCGGAUACAAACAAUGGAAGCCGAGUUGUUGUGACAACGAGGAAUGCGAAUGUAGCCAAUCACUUGGGCGAUUAUCGUGUUGCAAUGAGUUUUCUGGAUGGAGACAGUAGUUGGGAUUUAUUCUGUCAAAAUGCAUUUGCAGAGCAGCAAGGUUGCCCUCCUGAGUUGGAGGAGACUGCAAAGAAGAUAGUAGCACGGUGCAAAGGACUUCCCCUAGCAAUUGUUGUUGUCGGAGGCCAUCUCAGGAAGUCCCCAACGGCUCUAGCCUACUGGGAGAAUGUUGCACAAUCAAUUUUGUAUUCUAUAGGGAACGUUGAGCAAUGCUUGAAUGUAUUAUCUUUGAGUUAUCGAUACUUGCCUGCUCAUCUAAAGCCAUGUUUCCUACUCCUUGGAGCAUUUCCAGAAGGUGAAGAGAUUUACGCGCAGGAUGUUCUUAAACUUUGGAUUGCUGAAGGAUUUAUACAACAUUUUGAUGAUCACAUAUUGGAAGAGGCUGCAGCUGAUUAUUUAUGGGAUCUUCGUAUCAGAAAUCUCAUUUAG